AUGUCGCUCGCCUUCGAGCCACUCAAGCUGCCAAAUGGCGUCGUCCUCAAGAACCGCAUCUGCAAGGCCGCGAUGGAGGAGAACCUCGCCGACAUCAACCACUUCCUCGCGCCCUCGCACGAGCUGAUCGAGCUGUACCGCGCGUGGGGCAAGGGUGGAUCGGCGCUCGUCUUGACGGGUCACGUCAUGAUUGACCCGCGCGCGCUUGGCUCGCCUGGUGCACUCUGCCUCUGCGAUGACCUCGUCGACGCGGACCCAGUCUACCUCGACCGCUUCCGCCAAAUGAUCGACGCGUGCAAGGAGGGAGGAGCCGAGAUCUGGCUGCAGAUCAACCAUCCGGGUCGACAGACGCCCAAGGCGCUCGGACAGGUCGCGAAAGGUCCUUCCGCCGUUGCAGUCGACAUCGGCCGGCUCUCGCGCGUCAUGUUCGACACGCCGGUCGAGAUGACCGAGGAGGACAUCCAGGAUGUCAUCCGGCGGUUUGCGCGGACAGCAGCGUUAGCGGAGGAGCUGGGAGCGGGCGGAAUCGAGGUGCAUGCGGCGCAUGGCUACCUCCUCAGCGCGUUCGCCUCGCCCAUCGCGAACAAACGUACGGACAGGUGGGGCGGGUCGCUCGAGAACCGCACGAGGCUGCUCUUUGAGGUCGUGAAGGCCAUCAAGCGCGAAGUCAAGUCGUCCAAGUUUGGCGUCGGGGUCAAGAUCAACUCGGCCGACUUCCAGCGUGGCGGCUUCGAGGAGCAAGACGCCCUGCAGGUCAUCGAAACGCUCAACACGCUAGGCGUCGACUUCAUCGAGGUCUCCGGCGGGUCAUACGAGUCCCCCGCCAUGCGCGGUAUCAACCUCUCUUCCCGCAGCGCCCAACGCCAGGCGUACUUCCUCGACUUUGCGGAAAAGGCCGCGGCGCUCUCGCGGGUCCCGAUCAUGUGCACGGGCGGGAUCGUGCGCCGUGAGACGCUCGACCAGGUCGUCGCGUCGGGCAAGACUAUCGCCGGUAUCGCCACCGCUAUCGGGAUCAUGCCUGACCUCCCGAACCGACUCGAGCGAGGGGAAGACCCGGCGCCUCGGUUGAAGUACACGACGUCGUGGAUCCUGAGCGGCUCAGUACUGGCGUCGGCGACGACGAGGCAAGUCAACUACAGCAUGGAGCGGAUCGGGCGGGGCAAGGAACCGUGUCCGGGAGUGUGGCCGGCUUGGGCGCUGCUGAUGGACCAGGUUGCGGGGCUUGGGCAGGCGAGCAAGUACAAGAAGGUGGUUGUCAAGUACCUAGAUGAGCGAGACGGGCGGGCGGUGAAGAGCGGCAAGAAGGAGGAGUAG